AUGGCUGUGCCUAAAGACCCCAUCCCUACCUUGUCGGAAUGCCAGUGUCAGAUCUGUGUGGAAAUUCUAAUCGAGCCCGUAACCCUCCCUUGUAACCACAUGCUUUGUAAUCCAUGCUUCCAAUCGACUGUUGACACAGAAAUUGAGGAUAUGCCAACACUUUCUCCACAGAUGUGCCUUGGAAUUCAAGAACAAGGUGCAAAAUCUUUGAUAGAAUCACCUAUGCCUCAAUUAAGUGCCUAUGGUGCAGAGUGCCUAUGCCUUGAAGGAGAAGUCAAAAUAAGACCAAGCAAUCAUGAUAAAGAGUUAUGUGUUGUAAAUCACGAGAGACCUAAAACCAGAGUUCCCUACUCUGUAGAAGCUGCAGUUAAAUCUUGUAAAAUAACAAAUGGGUGCAGUAUGUCUGGUAUGACACAGAUAAUUGGGAACAACACCCUUGAGCCAAAAAAUGAAGAGACUAGCCUACUGAUCAGUAAUGAUAUUACCAAAAGAAAACCCCAGGAAUCUUCUUUGGAAGCAGUAAGGGAUUCAUGCUUUUCUUCAAAAAGAAGAAAAAUAUUCCCCAAAGCUUCCUCAGACCAAGAGAAAAGAGAAACCAACUUAACCGAAAAGCUGAUGGAAUUGGAGCAUCUGCUUUUUGAGAGACAUAAACAAGAAGAACAGGACAGGUUAUUAGCAUUACAACUUCAGGAGGAAGUGGAUAAAGCACAAAUGAAGCCAAAUCGGCAAAAAGGAUCCCCAGAUGAAUAUCAGUUAUGUGCUACAUCCUCUUCUCCAGACAAAUUGGUAAAUGGACAGAGAAAGAAUUCCAAAGAUAGGAAUUUCAAAAGACAGACUGAUACACAGCAUUUGAAACCUUGGAGAGGCUCAAGAGAUGAAAAGUGGCAGCCUUUUAAGGUCCAGUUGAAGCAUUCAGUUACUGUUAAUGGAAGAAGGAUGCCAAAUUCUACUAAAGAUAAUUGUAAUGUAUCUAAAGGUGCUCAUUCCCUACAGCCUAGUAGUUCACAGAAAAGUAUUUUUCAGAUGUUUCAGAGAUACACAAAGUAAUGCAUGGGUAAAGGAAUGCUUUGUAAUCUAGUAAAGCUGGAUUGUGAAGAUGUCUUUCUAUUAUAGCAUCUUUGUAGAAAAAUUUUGUGGCUAUGCUCUGUGGUUACCCCCAUUCUUAAUUAAAGGAUUGCGUGAUUAUAAGGGAAGGAUAUACAGGUGUAUUUCUGCAAAACUUAGUGAUUAGCAAGAGUCCCAAUCCUUUCCAUUGUUAAUAAUUAUGAUGUACUAAGGUUGACAGUCCUUAUGGAUAUAAAAAUACCUUUGCCAACUCCAAGAAAUUUUCAAAUAUUAUUCUUUUUCCAAAACCAUGCAUGUUUGAAGACCUCUGCUCACCUUUUGUCAUGACUGGUAAUCGAAGCAAGAUUGUGCUGUGUAGUUAAGGAACCCAUACAAUGUUUAAAAACUAAGUUUUCUUACAACUUCCAAAACACUAAUGUAAUCUAAUUUUCAUGUCCACUGUAAAUUUUAAGCAUUUUCUUUGAUUUUAGAAUGGGAUAGUAUCAGUGUCAAAACAGAAAAUCAGAGUUUUCUGGUCAGUUGGAAAUUAGUUGAAGAAAGGAAACCAGGCUCUUGAUACAAAGGGAGUUAAGAGUCGACAUGAGGCUGAGUGGGAUAAAUUAACAAUUUUGGAGCACUGGAACUGAAUGGUUGAUAAGGGCU